ACAAAGAUUUUCUUAUAUGAUUCUUUAAAUACAUUAAUUGUUCUUAUAAUAUUUCAAAUAUUAUCCACUGUUAAUACUGACAAAUAUUAAACAUGUUCAUGAUUCAUACUUCCUUGUUGUCAGCCCUGAUUCAUAGGACCAUGGUUGACCGAUUGGUAAAUAGCGAGGCUAAUGCCAGGCGUAUUGCUAUGGUCGAAAACUGCUUUGGCAGUUCUGGCCAGCCACUUGCAGUACCUGGAAGAGUUUUAGUUGGAGAAGGUGUAUUAACCAAAAUGUGUAGAAAAAAGCCUAAGCCUAGGCAAUUCUUUUUAUUUAAUGAUAUAUUGGUUUAUGGAAACAUUGUAAUGAACAAGAAAAAGUACAACAAACAACAUAUUAUACCACUUGAGGAAGUCAAACUUGAAUCUUUAGCUGAUGAUGGUCAAUAUCGCAAUGGCUGGCUCAUAAAGACAGUAACAAAGUCAUUUGCUGUUUAUGCUGCCACUCCAACAGAGAAACAAGAAUGGAUGGCUCAUAUUACAAAAUGUAUUGAAGACUUAUUAAGAAAAAGUGGUAAGAAACCAGUUGAAGUUCAUGCAGCUGUUUGGGUUCCAGAUAACGAAGCUACAAUUUGUAUGCAUUGUAAUAAGACACAAUUUACAGUUUUAAAUAGACGGCAUCAUUGUAGGCAAUGUGGAGCUGUUGUAUGUGGGCCUUGCAGCAAUAAGAAGUUAUUAUUGCCUGGACAAGGAAACGGAAAAGCAGUUAGAGUUUGUUUACAAUGUUAUGAUGCAGCUAGUAAAGUAAAAGCAUCAUCUCCUUCUGCUGUUGAUAACCUAAAUAACAAAGAUCAACAACGUAAUUCUGUAGAUAGUUCAGGAGGUGAUAGUUCUGGUGAUGAUGAUGAUGGAAAUAAAGAAGAAAAUCAUGAUCAUGAGCCUAAAUUUUAUUCUACACUUGCCCGAUGAAGUUAAUUACAUCACAUUACUAUGAACAGCAAUACAAACGGGAACAUUAUUCAGAACUAUAUUUUUAAAAGUUAAUAACAUUAAAUUGUCAAUAAUAUUACAACUAAUAGUAAUUUAAAGUUUGUUGAAAUUACUCUUAAAUUAUAUUUAUACAAAAAACAUGUCUGUGUGUAUAAAGAAUUCAAAUAAUUUUAUAUUAAAUUUAAAAAAUUUAUAUCUUUGAUAUAUAUAUGUAAUUUACGUGAAUGACUUCGGAGGUAUCUUCGACAUUAAAAGUUAUAUAGUUACACAGGCAUUUAAAGAUAGAGAAGACUAUUUUUUUAACUCUGUAUUUUAUAAAAUUUUAACCAUUUAUACUUGUAUUAUCUUGUUAUAUUGUACUAUUUUGCUAUUUACUCUCAGUAGAUUCUAAUUUCCGUUAAUAUAAUAUUUUAAGAAUAUAUGCCACAUUGUGCCUUUCUAAAUAGAACACUUGUCUUUUCUAUUGUUUGUAAGCAAUUGAUACUAAUCUAAUGUUAAUUUCAAAAAGAAAAAGUACAUUGUAAUAAAUUUUUAAAUGUAUAAAACUAAAACUAUUCGGUUGUGUGUUUAUAUUAUAAGAUUAAAUGGAAUCUUUACGAAAUAUCAUAUAUUUACAACAAAUAAAAUUUAAUAACAUAA